GAAGAGAUCGCUAAAUCAGCCCGGCCAUUUACGGAGGGGGAUUUCAUCAAAAACUGCAUGAUUAAAGUUUGUGACGAAGUUUGCCCAGAAAAAAGGCAACUCUUUUUAAAUGUGAGUCUGAGCAGAAACACCAUUGCCGAGAGAGUAGACCAGUUGUCCAUCAAUCUAAAAGAGCAGCUUGUGAAAAAGGGAAAAGAUUUCAUUGCAUAUUCCUUGGCUGUGGAUGAGAGCACCGACAUUUCUGACAUUGCCCAGUUGUCAAUUUUCAUCCGCGGAGUGGACUCCAGCCUAAGCGUGACAGAGGAGUUUUUGGCUUUACGUCCUAUGCAUGGCACAACUACGGGGCAUGAUUUGUAUGAAGAGGUGUCAAGAUGUGUAAAUGAGAUGGAGCUGCCUUGGGAAAAACUCGUGGGUUUGACAACCGACGGAGCACCUGCGAUGUGUGGACACAGGAGCGGACUGGUGGCGAAGAUACGGGAAAAGAUGCAAGAGGAAAACGCGACAGGUGAGCUGACAGCUUAUCAUUGUAUCAUACACCAGGAAGCGUUGUGCGGUAAAGCCUUGAAAAUGGAGCAUGUAAUGAGCAUCAUCACGCGCACAGUUAACUUUAUCAGAGCCAAAGGUUUGAAUCACCGCCAGUUCAAGGCAUUUCUGACGGAGUUAGAAACGGAGCAUGGUGAUUUGCCUUAUCACACAGAGGUGCGAUGGCUAAGCCAGGGAAAGGUGCUUCAAAGAUGUUUCCAGCUUCGUGAGGAGAUUUGUCUGUUCUUGGACAGCAAAGGGAAAGACACAACACAACUCCGAGACGAAAUGUUUCUGUGUGAAAUGGCUUUUCUGUGUGACAUUACGAGUCAUCUGAAUGCAAUGAACUUGCAGCUGCAGGGUCGGGAUCAUGUCAUCUCUGAUAUGUACAGUACAGUGAAGGCAUUUAAAACCAAACUGACUCUGUGGGAGACGCAGAUGCGGAAAGAAAAUUUGAGCCACUUUCCCAGCUGCCAGACCAUGAAAGAGAAGCUCUCUACCAGUGCGUUCCCGAGCGCACAGUUGGCUGAUAAAAUAGGUAUGCUUGCCGCUGACUUUCGACGCCGAUUUGCUGACUUUGAAGCACAAAAAAGCAGGUUGGAACUGCUCGGUAACCCAUUUGCUGUUGACGUGGAAAGCUCACCACCAAACCUCCAAAUGGAGUUGAUUGACCUCCAAUGCAAUGAUGCACUGAGGGCAAAAUAUGCGGCAGUGGGUGCUGCGGAGUUCGCCCGUUUCCUCCCCGACACAAUGCCCCAGCUGCGCAUCCAGGCUGCUCAAACGUUGUCUAUGUUUGGCAGCACAUACCUGUGUGAACAACUGUUUUCUUUGAUGAACCUGAACAAAACAUCACACAGAAGUCGACUUACUGCUGAACACCUCCACUCAAUUCUGAGGAUUUCCUCAGCUCAGAGCCUUACCCUGAACAUUGAUGAACUUGUGGAAAAGAUGGGACACCACCAAGUAUCACCCUCAACCUCAAACAAGUGAACAUUACUGUGCAAUCACAUAUUUAGAGUUUUUACUCAGUUCAAGUUUAAAAGUUCAAGUUUAAUAUUUGUUUUCACUGCAUGUUACUUCUCCUUAAACAAAGUGUUGUUUUUGAUUAAUAGAUUUUUGCACUUUAUUUUAUUGUAUUUCAAUCCAAUUAUAUUUUAAAAAUAUUUCAGUUGAGUGGAUGAUAGAAAAUUGCUAUUAUUGUUUUUUUCUUUGAAGUAAAUUUAGCCCACUUUUGCUAAAAUAGAAAAUAUAGGCUACUGAUGGUGCCUUGAAUACCGGUUUCUUUCAUUUAAUGUUCAUGUUAUGGGGAUUUUUAUAUAAAGGAAAUUUGUCUUUUGUGUCUGUUGAAAAUUAAAGAUUACUGACAGAGCCAUAAGAAAAUAUUGCUUUAUUUAUCUGAUCAUAUUGGAAUAUAUUUGUUAGGUUUUCAGUAGGUUCAAUUAGGUUCACUAGACUAUAUGCGUCAUUUAAAAAAUUUUCGAACAGUCCGGCCCUCGGCUUGUAGCUAAAUUUUUUAUUUGGCCCUCCGUCCAUUUGACUUUGACACCCCUGAUCUAGACAAACGAUUUACGAUUUAAUGCCUAUACCCGUCGGUUAAUAUUGCUUGAAUAUUAAUACAGAAUAACUUUACCUUUUACAAUAUAAAUGAGUUGGUUGUCCAAUCCUUUAAAUUGUCUUUUGUGUAGAAACUAGACUUGUUCCCCUCGAUCUUGGAGUGUCAGAUGUUUUCUCCUCUAGGGUUUUGGGUCUAAUUUCUACUUUUUAUUCAAUGUUUGCAAAGCACACAGUUAUACAUGUCAUUACAGUUUCUUUACGUCUUUCCAAUAAAACAUCAAUAAUCAUCAAAAAACACUUGAACUCUCAAUGCCUUAUCUAUGUAUUACAACAAGCAGUUAAUUACCUUAGCGUAGGUCGACCUGGUUGGGUCCCGGAGAGUAUGUUCUUCAACUCACAAUUGCUCUACCGGUUUAGCCAAUCACUUCAGUAUCUGUUCCUCCUGCUAGAAGUUGUACCAUGGACUUUUUAUUUUUUUGUAUAUUUUUUCUGAUUAGUAACGAGACUGCUAUCGUAGUUCAAGACCCUGUGUGACACCCCUAAGAGUGUGCGGUAUACUUGACUCAGUAGGUCUCGCCCAAAAACCAGCGGUCAAAAGGUACAAUUGUUCUAGAGUAUGAAAUUCAGAUAUGUAUCUGUUUCUCCUACUAGAAGUCGAGAACAACACCCUUCAUAGCACCCACUACGCCCUUCAUCCACUCCAGCUUGGUGGAUAUAUUCAGCGCGAGGGGUGUACGGGGUAGUUGACUCAAUAUGUCUCAUUCAUAAAUCAGAAGUCAAGAGAUACAAUUGUUCUAGAGUAUGAAAGCCAGAUAUGACCUUUUAGGUUGAUGAUAGUUUGAAGUAUCACGAGUUUAGUGAUAAGUCAAGUCGCACUACCACACAAUUUUUUUUGGACAGCAUGCUUCUUAUAUACUCUGGGGGACCAAGUCAGCCUUAACGCUCAGUUUACAUUUCUAUUCUUGUCAGCGAAUGCGGCAAGCUGUCUCUGUGAAUAUAUUAUCAGCGACUAUGCCUAUGCGUUCUCUAAGUUUAAACCUUCCAUCAAUUUAACCCAAUCAACCUCUACUGUUGGUCUGACUUCUUCCUGGUUGAUUGAUGGCCCGCCUUCUGCCUCUGCUGGGGGUGGUGAUUGGAUGCAUGAUAUCCUAUCCAACCAGUCGUUUGUCCCCCACCCAAGUGGCAGAACCAGUGAUGAAGAUGUGGGCGGAUCCAGUAAGGGAGGUGUCAUCAGAGCCUUUUUUGUGUUUCAGCGUCGCGACAUGACCAAAUAUUUGGCAAAAUCUAAAAAAUGACAGAGCAAGAUAGAGAUUGACACUAGGUCCAUAUUGGUGUUAUUGCUCAACUUCUUGUGGUUGUGUGUUCCGAAGGAUAUAGCCCUGAUGGACGAGCAGGAGAGGGAGGAGUUCACCAGGAAGAUUGGCAUCUCAGUGGACAGCAGUGACAACACUGAUGAUGAAGACGAUGACCAAGAGACCCACAAGUACAGCUGCAAGAAGUGUCAGAUCCACGGAUGACACAAUCGCCAUUGUACAGCACACUGCCCUAUCCCAUCUGGACAAGAGGAAUACCUAUGUGAGAAUGCUGUUCACAGCUCAGCUUUCAACACCAUAGUCUCCUCCAAGCACACCAUUAAGCUCAGGGGGCCCCUCAGAGGUGUGUGCUCAGCCCCCUCCUGUACUACCUGUUCACCCACGACUCCAACACCAUCAUUAAGUUUGCAGACAACAGGACGGUGGUAGGCCUGAUCACAGACACUGACAAGACUACAUGGAGAAGGUUAGAGACCUGGCAGAGUGGUGCCAGGACAACAACCUCUCCCUCAAUGUCAGUAAGACCAAGGAGCUGAACGUGGACUACAGGACGUGGACUACCGCCCUCAAUCGCACGGCUCUACAGAGGGUGGUGCAGACAGACCAAUACAUACAGGUUAAGUCUGAAGUUUACAAUCACCUUAGCCAAAUACAUUUAAACUGAGAUUUUCACAAUUCCUGACAUUUAAUCUUAGUAAAAAUUGUCUUAGUUCAGUUAGGAUCAAAACUUUAUUUUAAGAUUGUGAAAUGUCAGAAUAAUAGAGGAGAGAAUGAUUUAUUUCAGGUUUUAUUUAUUUCAUUACAUUCCCAGUGGGUCAGAAGUUUACAUACACUCAAUUAGUAGUUGGUAGCAUUGCCUUUAAAUUGUUUAACUUGGGUCAAACAUUUCGGGUGGCCUUCCACAAGCUUCCCACAAUAAGUUGGGGGAAUUUUGGCCCAUUCCUCCUGACAGAGCUGGUGUAACUGAGUCAGGUUUGUAGGCCUCCUUGCUUGCACACGCUUUUUCAGUUCUGUCCACACAUUUUCUAUAGGAUUGAGGUCAGGGCUUUGUGAUGGCCACUCCAAUACCUUGACUUUUUUGUCCUUAAGCCAUUUUGCCACAACUUUGGAAGUAUGCUUGGGGUCAUUGCCAAUUUGGAAGACCCAUUUGUGACCAAGCUUUAACUUCCUGACUGAUGUCUUGAGAUGUUGCUUCAAUUUAUCCACAUCAUUUUCGUUCCUCGUGAUGCCAUCUAUUUUGUGAAGUGCACCAGUCCCUCCUGCAGCAAAGCACCCCCACAACAUGAUGCUGUCACCCGUGUGCUUCAUGGUUGGGAUGGUGUUCUUCGGCUUGCAAGCCUCCCCCUUUUUCCUCCAAACAUAACGAUGGUCAUUAUGGCCAAAAAGUGCAAUCUUUGUCCCCAUGUACAGUUGCAAACCGUAAUCUGGCUUUUUUAUGGCGGUUUUGUAGCAGUGACGUCUUCCUUGCUGAGCGGCCUUUCAGGUUAUGUCGAUAUAGGACUCGUUUUACUGUGGAUAUAGAUAUUUUGUACCUGUUUCCUCCAGCAAGGUCCUUUGCUGUUGUUCUGGGAUUGAAUAGCACUUUUUCCACCAAAUUACAUUCAUCUCUAGGAGACAGAACGCGUCUCCUUCCUGAGCGGUAUGACUGCUGCGUGGUCCCAUGGUAUUUAUACUUGCGUACUAUUGUUUGUACAGAUGAACGUGGUACCUUCAGGCGUUUGGAAUUGCUCCCAAGGAUGAACCAGACUUGUGGAGGUGUACAAUUUUUUUUCUGAGGUCUUGGCUGAUUUCUUUUGAUUUUCCCAUGAUGUCAAGCAAAGAGGCACUGAGUUUGAAGGUAGGCCUUGAAAUACAUCCACAUGUACACCUUCAAUUGACUCAAAGGAUGUCAAUUAGCCUAUCAGAAGCUUCUAAAGCCAUGACAUCAUUUUCUGGAAUUUUCCAAGCUGUUUAAAGGCACAGUCAACUUAGUGUAUGUAGACUUCUGACCCAUUGGAAUUAUGAUAUAGUGAAUUAUAUGUGAAGUAAUCUGUCUGUAAAGAAUUGUUGGAAAAAUUACUUGUUUCAUGCACAAAGUAGAUGUCCUAACCGACUAAGUGUGACUGUUAGGAAUGCUCUGAUUAAAAGAAGAAUAUGAAAUGAUUUUGGCAUAUGACUUUGAAUGCCUUGCACAACAGGUUUAAAGAAGACAAUUAGAUGAUAGAGUCUAAGCGUUCUUUAUGAGUAGAUCAUGAGUGUAGAGCAGCCAAGACACAGAGCAUUUAACCAGUAGAGAUGAUCAGAUGUAAAAAAAAUAAAUUAAAAAAACAAUCAUUUUUUAUCUGAAAGCA